UGACUCCUAUGUGAAUCGUGAUAAAUGGAAACAAUCAUCUACAGUCAGUAUUUGGAAAGAAUGAAUUGUGCGCACAAUCCCAACAAUCCAGCAAAAUAAUCUAGCUUGAUUUCUUCGCCGAUUGCAGUGCAACUCGCUAGUCAGAUACUAAUAGCCGCUUGGAGAACGCGGCAUGUCCCCACGAUGGAUAUAAAAAGGCAACACGAGCCCGAUUUCGCUCUCAGGUAGCUGCUUUUAAAAGUGUUACAGCAUCGAAGGGACAAUCAUUAAUUUUGUGAGCAGUCCGGGAUGUCGUCCUUUGAGGGCAGUCGAUCGCGACGCCGCAGGAGCGGCUUGUUCUGCUGCUGCUGCGGAGCGGCGCACGACCAGAGCGGCGCGUACGCUGCCCUGCAGGACACCAGCGACGGACGAGGAGGCCAGCAAGCCCGGCGUCACGACUCGGUGGGAAGCUACCAACCUCCGCAGGUGUCCGCUGGCAGCAGCGGCGGUGGUGGUGCGGGCAAGAAGGGCAUGAAGGGAGCGGGCAGCGGGCACCUGAACACGUCUUCAAGUAGUGUGGUGAGCAGGCAAUCGUCCGCAGUUAGCGUCCCUGUGCCAACCCUCAAAGACUUCAAACUGCUCAAGUGCAUAGGAAAGGGAGGAUUCAGCAAGGUGCUUCAAGUUCAGCAUCGAGACACGCACGUGGUCUACGCGCUCAAGGCCGUCUCCAAGGCGAUGCUGAAGAGCGGCAAGGAAGAAGAACGCCUGCUGGCGGAAGCGCAAAUACUCAGGAGAAUAUCCCAUCCUUUCCUCAUCACACUGCAGUUUUCAUUCCAGACGCAGCGGGAACUACUCUACGUAUUUGACUUUGUGCCGGGCGGAGUUCUAGACCACCAUUUGAAACAGAGCAGGUUCUUCAACGAGGGCAGAGCAAGAUUCUACAUCGGCGAGUUGAUACUGGCUUUGGAGUACCUACAUGGUCUCGGCAUUAUCUACAGAGACCUAAAGUUGGAGAAUUGUCUGAUAGCUCACGAUGGCCAUCUGCGACUGACUGACUUCGGCGCUGCCAAAGAUCUGAUGGGUGAUUCGAAGACGACGACAUUCUGCGGAACGCCGUGCUACAUCGCUCCGGAGAUCUUACGCGGAGAGCAGUACGACCAGUCUGUCGACUGGUGGACCACUGGCGUCAUUCUCUAUGAAAUGCUCGUGGGGAAGCCGCCAUUCACGGGAACCAACCGUCACUCGCUCUACAAGAACGUUCUCAAGGCGCCGAUUGCACUACCAGAGCGAUUGUCAUUGGCUGCAAAGGACAUCCUGAUGCAGCUCCUUCAACGCAACCCGCUUUCCCGACUCGGCGGGCACAUGAUUGCUCGCGGCGACUCGGCCAGUGUGCUCAAGGCACACGACUUCUUCUAUCUGAGCAAGACGAUCUCGCCGUCCACGACCUCAUCCCCGGCUGGAACGCCUGUCAGUAGCAGCUUGCCAGAUCGGCUUCCGAGCCAAGAGGUUGCGCCAGCUCGCCAUCCUGGCACUACCGGUGGAGAACCGACCAUUCCAGAGGAUGACAUCCUGGAGGAAAGUAGUGUAUUUGACGGUGUGCGAAGACCAACACCAGGUGGUGGCUCAGCCGCCAUCAACAUUUCAGUUCGCGAUGAUGGAGGCGGAGAAGCGGACGGUCGCGGGCGCAAGAGCAGUCGCAAUCGCCUGAUGUGUCACGAGCCCAACACCUGGACAUGGCUGGAGCUGGAACGCAAGAAAGUCGAGGCGCCGUGGAAACCGAGACUGGUGUCUCGCAACGACACAACGUACUUUGACCCGAUCCUCACGUCCGAGCCUCCGUCUCUCUCCGACCUGCCCGGCUCUCGGGGCGCGUCCGUACGUAAGGACCUGAUCAAGAUCGACGACUUUGACUUUGCACGAGAGCGCAUCGGAUGACAGCGUCGCUGUCAGCAAGUACUGCGUUGAGUCUUGGUAUUUUGAAUCAUGAAAACUACCCAAGAGGUACCACCGGGGAAACUAGGGGCUUAGUUGUUGAAUUACAACAUGUAUGCCCCGUGCUUUGUGUGCAGCGUGUGUUCUGCGCUCUGCCCAUCAUAUGAGCUGGCAUUGAUCACUCUAGCUGGGAUAUAAGAGCCACUGCCGCUGUGCAUACUGACACUACAGAUACGUGGCAGUGGUAGUUCCACCGGAGCCCGGCCGGCUACUCAGCGACCCGUGGCGGUGCCGAUGCCUGGCUUCGGAAACGAGUGCAUUACAUUGCGCUCCGCAGUGCCGCUCGUUCACUAGACGAAUGGCAGCAUGCAUUGUUCCUUGCCUGCAGCAACAACACUAGCUUGACGGCUUGACAUGCUCGUUUCCAAACAUAACCAGUGUAAGUACGAGAAGAAAUUCCAACUGUCCGGCCUGACAAUCUAUUCAUUUCCGUAAACUCUUCAGAGUUAUGAAAUUGCAACUGUCCGUAAUUCCGCUUGUGCGCGAUUGGAGUUUGUAGAGUGGUUAAACUUCGGCACCAUGUCCACUGGGUCUGACAUUCUUUUCUCUUUGCAUCCGCCGUAACAACUUUCUGUUUUGAAUGCGAGCCUGUACUAUAUGGCUCGCCGUUUCCAGUUAUUUCAUCAAUCAUAUUUACAAUAUGGUAUUACAUAGUGUGCCUUAGUAGUGAAGCACUUGUUUUUAGGUCCCCGAGAUGCCUGUCACUAGAUAUACUGGUGUCUGACGGUGAGAUUCGGCCGCGUGCCGGAAGGUCUAGGUGAAAGCUGGUCUUCUUGCAUACCGGUAGCCGCAACAACGCCUUUGCAGUUCGCGGUGCGUUUCAUUGUUACUACAUUUUACGUAAAAAAACGCGUGUAUUCAUUUUCUUGAUCGCCUACACGGCAUUGCUGGCACAGGUAGUUUUCGUGGACUCUGCUGUGCUCAAUCCCGAAUCAUUUUUCUCGUUUCGACGUGUACCUGAUCUUAAUUUUUUUUUACAAUGAUCACAGCUCACAGGCAAAGACAACAAAAUUGCAUAGUGGGAGCAUGCAUAGUGAUUUAAUACUUCAUUACUAAAGUAACGCCAGUUACUCACACAGCAGCUCUCCGCUUUCUUCAGCUUUAUUAGCCUAA